UCCCCAAAAUCCAUGCCGUGUUUGUUGCGUGGCAAAAUCCCGCCAUCCCUCGCCUUUACUUUCCUUCUCGCACAUCUCCACCUUUCCAUUAUAUAUAUAUAUAUAUAUACGUAUUAACAUAUUGUAGAUACAAUAUAGAAAGAUGAAUCCGAUCUCUCUGCACAACUUGGGAUUUUACUUCGCAACAAUUCCAGACUUUUUCUUGGAAAAUCCUUACUCUCCCUUUCUCAUCUCUGCGGAUUAUCUUCAUUGCUCACUUCAUCAACCUCGCCUUUUCAGGUUUUGGUUUUACUUGCAGAAGCUGUCUGGAUUUUAUCAAUAUUGUAGGCCAUGAAAGAGAAUUGAGACGGAUAUUUAGAAAAUUGGCUCGCCAUGAUUGAAUUUAGUAUUUCACUGUUAAGGUUGUUGACAAGCACAGAUUCUUAUCUUCCCUUUCUUUUCGGAUGGUUGGUAACUGGAUCAUUUGGACUACUAGUUAUCAUAUAUGCAUUCUUCAAAUGGCAGAGAAAGACAUCCCUUAAUUGGGUUAAAGCUGCCGCUAGAGCAAAGAAGAAAGUCUGGAAAAAGCUAAAAGUUCCUUUAUCACAUCAUACAUGGACGGAAGAUUUUGCUAACGGUGGUCAGCCAUCCACGUGCUGUGUUUGCUUAACUUCCCUGGUGUCCCCACAAACCUUAGGUACAAAAGCUGCAUCACACACUCCUGUCCAUCGUUGCUCUGUUUGUGGUGUAGCGGCUCAUUUUCAUUGUUCUCAGUUUGCAGCAAAGGAUUGCAAGUGCGUGGCGCAGUCUGGUUUUAGCCAUGUGCAGCAUCACUGGUCAGAAAGAUGGAUUGACAUGGAUGAGAAUCCUGAGAUGUCUGCUUUCUGUUUUUACUGUGAUGAACCUUGUGGUAUUCCUUUUCUCGAUGCCUCUCCAACAUGGCGUUGCUUAUGGUGUCAGCGCCUUAUACACGUUAAAUGUCAUGCCAAAAUGUUUCAAGAGUAUGGUGAUGUAUGUGAUUUGGGUUCUCUAAGUAGAGUUAUCCUCUCACCGAUUUGUGUGAAAGAAGUUAAAGGUAAAAGAAAUGGAGGCAGAAUGCUGAGUACCAUCACAGAAGAAAUUAUUUCCUCAUCUGUUCAAGGGCAAAUUAGAAGAAGGCGCCAUCGGAACAAACAUGGAAGCAGUCAUUCUUGUAAUGGUAAGUUACAGGAUGCUUCAGCUGCCAGUAGAGCAUGGCAAUAUUUGCUCAAUGGGCUUGUUGGUUUGAAUAAAUCCAGUGAUGAUAACAACAAUGACCAUUUCUUGAAGGAUGAUGGAGUACUUAGUAAAAAGGGAUCCCAGAAUGAGUUAUUCCAUAAAAAGCAUGAAAUUGCUGUUUGUGGUCAAAGUAAGAAGUACACUCUUGUCGACUUGCCACAGGAUGCCAGACCUCUUGUAGUCUUCAUUAAUGCCAAGAGUGGAGCUCAAAACGGGCUUUCCCUUCGGAGGAGAUUGAACAUGCUACUGAAUCCUGUGCAGGUUUUUGAACUUAGUUCCUCCCAAGGGCCUGAGGCUGGUUUAAAAAUGUUUUGUAAUGUGCAAUAUUUUAGGGUUUUGGUUUGUGGUGGAGAUGGUACUGUUGCGUGGGUCCUUGAUGCCAUUGAGAAGCACAAUUUUGAAUCACCUCCACCUGUUGCUAUUCUUCCCCUGGGAACAGGAAAUGAUUUGUCAAGGGUUUUGCGUUGGGGAGGAGGAUUCUCGAAAAUCCAAGGAGAAGGUGGCUUAAGCACUCUUCUGCAUGACAUCAAUCAUGCAGCAGUUACGAUGCUAGAUCGUUGGAGAGUUAAUAUUACAGAAGAAAAACCAGAUAGUGAUCCAAGUAAAAGGCGAUCCAAGUUCAUGAUGAACUAUUUAGGUAUUGGAUGUGAUGCGAAGGUUGCAUAUGAAUUUCACAUGACACGGGAGGAAAACCCUGAGAAGUUCUACAGUCAGUUUGUGAAUAAAUUGCGUUAUGCGAAAGAAGGUGCCAGGGAUAUGAUGGACAGAACUUGUGCUGACUUGCCAUGGCAAGUUUGGCUUGAAGUUGAUGGGAGAGAUGUCCAGAUUCCAAAGGAUGCUGAGGGUUUAAUUGUGCUCAACAUAGGAAGCUAUAUGGGUGGAGUAGAUCUUUGGCAAAAUGACUCUGAGCAUGAUGAUGAUUUCAUUCUUCAGUCCAUGUACGACAAAAAUCUUGAGGUUGUUUGUGUUUCUGGAGCAUGGCACCUUGGCAAACUUCAGGUUGGACUUUCACAAGCAAGGAGGUUAGCACAAGGGAAACUCAUACGAAUACAUUCUUCUAGUCCUUUCCCAGUUCAAAUAGAUGGGGAGCCAUUUAUUCAACAACCUGGCUGCUUAGAAAUAACACAUCAUGGGCAGGUGUUUAUGUUGAGGAGGGCAUCAGGCUCAGGGGAGCGAACAGGUCAUGCAGCUGCAAUAAUGACAGACGUCUUGGUUGAUGCCGAGUGUAAAGGUCUUAUAAAUGCAUCUCAGAAGAAAUUACUUCUCCAGCAGAUGGCCCUCCAGCUAUCCUGAUCCACUUCCUCCUUCCCGCCUUUGUAUCUCUAUUUCCUACUACUACUAAAGGUAACAGCUUUUGAUUUUUUUACCGAGUUACCUCACCCUGAUGCCCAUACACGUUUUCAAAGUAUUUUCAUUGCUUUUCGAGAGGGAAAAAAAAAAAAAAAACUU